AUCUUUACUGCAAAGAAAAGGGUCACGGGAAUACAGAAUUCUAUUUUGAUGAGAUAGAGGUAGGAAACUUGUGUGAUGAUCUUUACUGCAAAGAAAAGGGUCACGGGAAUACAGAAUUCUAUUUUGAUGAGAUAGGUAGGAAACUUGUGUGAUGAUCUUUACUGCAAAGAAAAGGGUCACGGAAUAAAGAAUUCAAUUUCUGAUGCGAUAAAGGUAGGAAACUUGUGUGCUGUGUCGGCAAAGAACUCUGCAAAGACAAUUCAGAAAUGAAACAAAGAAUUUUGCUACAGCCUCGGCUACAGCGAAGAUAAGCAAAAAGAUGAAUCUCACACCCCAAAACCUGUCAUUGUCUGACCACCCCCCACAUCUUACACACACCCACACGACAGCUCCACACGGUAACACUGCCAUCACCACCACCACCACACACCUCACGCCAACUCAAGACAAUAUCCUCAACAUGGAAUCUGGCUCUUCUUCUCUCGCUGAAAUGCUUAGCAACAUAGACUCACUCGAGGUCAUCCCUAAACUACAGGUGGAACAAUUCACUCAAUUGUCAAGCAAAGAGGUGGGUGUGGUCACUCGGCCACGGACAUCAUCGAGUAGCAGCUCUAGACAGCACUCUACAGUGACCAUUGCUGUAGCAACCACUGAGAGCCAAGCUACAUCAGAGGAGGAUGUAGCUAAGAAGUCAAAAGUGGGUCGUCCUCGAACAAAACCUCCCAAAGAGAAGACAGGCUGGCACUACCAUCUUGGUGGAGUGAGGCAUGCCAGGACACCGUUGACGCCUGAGAUCAGAGAGGUAUUGGAGGUUGCUUAUGUCAGCAAAAUCAUGGCCAAGAACUUCCGCAAGGAGGGGCAGCCAGAGAAGGAGAGGAUUGCCAGAAUCACUGGACUCUCCAUGUAUAAGAUACACGAGUGGUUCAAGAACCGUCGCAAGAAGGAUAAGCUCUUGAAUGAGCGUCGAAAAAGUGAGCGGGCCGCUGUGAAGCAAAGUGAGGGUGACACCGAGUAUCCCAUCACCAUAGAGGCAGUGGAAAGGACAGAGGAGUGGUUCAAGAAUCGUCUGAAAAGCAAACGCGAUCGAUCAAAAGAAGUGACCUCCAAUAAAGACACCAGUGAUGGUAAUUUUGAGUACCCACUGACCGUUAACCCAGGGUUCCUGGAGAUACAAACAUCAGGCCUUGUCGUCCCUACCACAAAUCAAUCUCUACCCAACAACUCUGGAACUGUUUGUAUAUAGCAGACAAUAAUGUAGCUUUUUACAUGCUAUAUAAUUUGUGAUGCCACUUUUUACAUAUAAAAUUGUUAAUAAUUCUAA